AUGCAGUUGAGUAAAUCAAUCAUCCAUUCGCCAGCGCGGGUAAGGCUGCCGUUGAUUGGGGGGGGGGUGCCAGUUGCGGGUUUGAAAAUGGCAAACAGUGGGAGCGAGCUAGCGCCGGGGCCCGAUGAGAAGAAGCGGAAACUUGGCUUUAGUGGGCCAGAGGCAAUGGAGGCAUCGUGCUCCGAAAGAGGUGGCUUCAACUUGGAGUGUUUCCGCGUGGAGAGAAUACUACGGGAAAGCGCGCGGGACAAAACUAUCUUCAUUCACGGCAAGGUUGGACAGGACAGUGGAGAAGCCCAGGAUGCCGUGGUCAUUUUAGAGAAGACGCCUUUCUGUGAGGAAACCCUGCCACAUCUUCUGAACAAGGAUGCAGAUCUCUGUCUUCAGACGAAGAAUGACAUUUACAGCACACACCACCUCCACCCCGUUCCAGCUUUCAAUGAGAUAAAGACCACGGUGGUAUAUCCAGCUACAGAGAAGCACAUCAAGAAAUAUCUGAAGCAAGAGAUGUACCUCGUUAAUGAAACAGCAGAAGACUACAAAACCAUCACCAAUCCAUACCUUGAGUCCCACACCUUUAGUAUUCAGUGGGUAUAUAACAUUCUGGAAAAGAAGGCAGAAGCUGACCGUAUAAUUUAUGAAAAUCCAGAUCCACAAGAUGGUUUUCUCCUGAUUCCAGACUUAAAAUGGAAUCAGAAACAGGUGGAUGACCUGUACCUAAUCGCUAUUUGUCAGCGGCAUGGGCUGAAGUCACUGCGGGACCUAUCAGGAGAACACCUAUCAAUGUUGCAGAAUAUAUUGCAGGAAGGACAGGUUGCCAUCUCUAAGCGUUAUAAUAUUCCAGGAAGCCAACUGAGGAUUUACUUUCAUUAUCAGCCCUCCUACUACCACCUUCACAUUCACUUUACUGCUCUUAGCUAUGAUGCUCCAGGAACCAUAGUGGAACGUGCACACCUACUUUCCAGCGUCAUAGAGAACCUGCAGACUGACCCAGAGUACUACCAGAAGCGAACAUUAACUUUUGCUUUGAAGGCUGAUGACCCACUUCUGCAACGGUUCAAAGAGGCAGGAAGGGUGUAGCGGAGAGAUUAUUUGUUUGCAUAGUCAGUCUUUGCAGCCUGUGUUCCUUGAACUGAAUCAGCCUAGAAUCUCUGUCUGUCUGUCUCACACACACGGCGCGCAUACACACACACACACGCAAACACACGUGCACACGGACACGUUGCGGUACACUGGUUUAAAAGCACCCACACUGGCAACAGAAAGCGUUUUCAGUGAGCAGACCAUCAGUCUGAUCUUCAUUCACUCAACAUAGAUCUUCGAAAGGUUCCAUUUGAACAAAAUGAAUGUUGUUGCUAUGGCAGUGAAAUGUUCCUUGCUAUAAAUUAGAGAGAGACAAGACUAAAUGUGUGUAGCUUUAAGAAAACAAAGGAAGUGAAUUUGUUUUGCCUGUGCAAUCAGACAUGACCUUUUGAUCUCUAUCAUUGUAUUCUUACUAUAGAAGCUGGCAGGGGCAGGGUCAGGAAAGAGGAUAGAAAGAUGCAGGAAUUUGUAAAUUGAUGCAAAACUCACCCAUGAUUGUUCAAAUUUUCAUUGUAGUUUGCUCAUGCAGAAACACAUAGAAAAUCUUUGUUCUGAAUAAGCAGAGGUUAUGCUGGGUGAAGACUGCUUAAUGGAGCUAUCCCCACUAUUUGUGCUUCUAAACAGGGCAACCCACUCAGCAUAUGUUUGCUUUGUGUGGGUGGAUCCAGAUUCUUGAUGAUAAGGUGUAGAGCUGAAUGAACACAGCAGGCCAAGCAGCAUCAGAGGAGCAGGAAGACUGAUGUUUCGGGCCUAGACCCUACUUCUUUCUGAAGGAUAAAGGCCCGAAAUGUCAGCUUUCCUGCUCGGCCUGCUGUGUGCAUCCAGCUCUACACCUUGUUAUCUCAGAUUCUCCGGCAUCUGCAGUUCCUACUAUCCCAGAUUCUUGAUGUUUGUUUUCCUGUCAUGGAGGAUUUCCUGCUUCCUGUAUGGAAAAAAAAUGUGAACUUAUUUAUAAAGAAAUUGUUAACAGGUUCCCUAAUAGUAUAGUUACUAUUAUAGUUACCACCCCUCCCACCUCACCCUUGAACACCCUGAGUUUUGCUGAAAAAUAUUCCACAGAUAGAGUCAGUACUUUAGCUGGUUUUCACAUGCAAAUCAAUAUAUAGGUGAUGCUGUGCUGAUCAAAGGGAUGUCACACCCUCCUUCAGUCAUCAGGCAAAGUACACACUUCCACACCUUCCACUGGAUGGCAGUAGAAGUGAGAGUUGCAAAUGUUUUCUUCCUCCACCCAACCUUCCCUUUGCCAGUGGCCAGCAGCUGAGGAGGUGCCCAGCCAGCUCAACGCAGAGCAGUCAUUUCAGAAAGUGUUAACAAUAUAGGGCGGCACAGUGGCUCAGUGGUUAGCAGUGCUGCCUCAUAUUGCCUGGGACCCAGGUUCAAUUCCACCCUUGGAUGACUGUCCGUAUGGAGUUUGCACAUUCUCCCCAUGUCUGCGCGGGUUUCCUCCGGGUGCUCCGGUUUCCUCCCACAGUCCAAAGAUGUUCAGGCUAGAUGGAUUGGCCAUGCUAAAUUGCCCGUAGUGUUCAGGUAUGUGUAGAUUAGGUGGAUUAUUGGUGGGAGUCUGGGUGGGAUGCUCUGAGGGUUGGUGUUACCUAUUUCCACACUGUCGGGAUUCUAUGAUUCUGUGAUGAGGAUGUCAGCCAGGCAAACAGCAGCUACCUCAACAAAUCGGCUUCACUCCCCUGCUGACCCAAACAUCAUGAUGGCACACUUUCUGCCUCCUUCCCCAGCACCCUUCAGUUGCGUGAUCUGGUAUAUGUCUCUCACGCUGGUAGGCUUCGAAACCAUUGCAGUGGUUUGUUACUCUAUUUAUAAAGUGUAGUGUAUCUUUGGGUAUCUCAGUAGCCCACACUGAUGACUGGCUGUUACACUGCUGCCAGGAGUUUGCUAUAGAACGCCUUUCUAUUGGAAACAGUAAGCCCCAUUUCCAAGAGAGAAACUCUUGGCCUGCAGCUGAUUCAAUACUUUGCUUGUGAGUUUGUAUUUAUUUACCUUCCUAUCUGGGGGAAUUGCCAGUGUAUGCUCCUCUGGGACAUGGAUUUUAAUUUGAAGAAUAGUUUGGAAAGAAAGAAUUUCAACAAGGCCAGCUGAGAAUCUGUGGUUUCCUUUUUUGGUAGCUUUGUUCUCUGUUGUUUUCUCAUCCCCUGAAGAUGCUUCCUUUGGGUGAGAUACUGUGACCCAAUCAUCAGUAUCUUUCCUAUUAUUCAGUGGUGCAUGACCCUGCACAGUAUGUGUUGGUGAGUAAAUCAAUAAGAAGGAAUAAAAAGCCAGAUCUUCAUGGACAUGCAUUUCCUGACAGGGUAAUUUGGCAGGUAUUAGGACCAAGGGCCAUGGUAAGCUUUCUUCCCUCAGGCCAUUUGUAGAUCCCAGUUUCUCUUCUUCCUGAGAAUCUGAAUGUUCCAGGUAGCAGGAAGCAAACCCAAGACCUCCUGCUCUCUAUGGUUCAGAGGAGCAUUUACCCAGCAGAGUACCUAGAGAUCUGACCUGACUUUUCCGCCACCAAACCCCAAACCCAAAUACUUGCUAAAAUCAUAAGUAGGUGUAUUAUAAAUUAAUACAAUUGGACUGGGAACUUUUUGAUAUAUUGGUGCUUAUGAAUUUUUAAAUGCAGCUUUACAGAAAUUUAAAGAUCAAUAAACAUUUUGAACGAAUAAA